AUCGUUGCAAGCGGCCGCCCGUACGUCACUUAGGUCCUCUCUCCGAGCAGCGUCUUAGUCGUGUUUUUUUCCCCCAAUCUUCGCCAAAGAUAGAGAAGAACGAAAACCGUCGAACAGCUACCAUAAAAAAAAUUGACAAUAAUUUUUACAAUUUGUGUGUGUUUCCAUGUGUUUAUCUCUAUCUGUGUGUGUGUCUUAUAACCGCGCCUCGAUAACCGCGGGAAGAAGAAACCGGAAACGUGUAUCGGUAUCGUUUUAAAAAAAAAAUUUUUUGGAAAAUAAUCAAAAAACCGCGAAAAAACCCCCCCCCCCCCGCAUGUUGCACUUACAAGUACGCUGGCGUUACAUGGAACCCUCGUCUAUGCCGUCGGCCAAAACCACCGGAUGAUCCAACGACGAUGAAACGGUUAAAGAUAACAACAUCAUCACUAAUAGCGGCGAUUGGGAUCUUGUGCGCCGCCACGUUGGUCGAUGGGCAACGCUAUCAGCAAUCGUUUGCCACCGAACCCGAUGAUCUUAAGGCGCUGGUCAACGGCACCGUGUCUCUGCCGUGCAGGGUUACCAACCUAGCCGGACAGCUGCAAUGGACCAAGGACGAUUUCGCGCUGGGCACCAACCGCAACCUGUCGUACCACGGUUACCCGAGGUACUCGAUGGUCGGCAACGACGACAGAGGAGAAUACAAUUUGUUAGUGAACCCGGUGACGUUGGACGAUGAAGGCAUAUACCAGUGCCAGGUGGGCGUGGGCGUUCACGACGAACCGGCCAUCAGGUCCAGGAAAGCCGUGCUCAGCGUGAUGGUGCCGCCCGGGCAGCCGCGGAUCCUUCAGGGCGAAUUCAUGACAACCACCGAAGACCGACCGAUAGAGCUGGAGUGCGUGUCCGAAGGCGGAAAACCGGCGGCCGAUAUAUCUUGGACGGACGGCACCGGCAUAGCGUUUACCGAAGGCAUCAGUACGUCCAGCACGACCAUGGCCAUCGACAACCGUCGGUUUGUCACCCGGUCAAUUUUGAAAUUUUUACCGAAAAAGGAAUACCACAACACUUCGAUAUGGUGCCAAGCUUUGAGCAUAGCCAUCGAGAACAGACUCCGGACCAAGAUACACAUGCACAUCAAAUUCGCGCCCAAGGCUAUCGUAACAAUCGGCAGCCCGGUCAGCGACAUACUGGAAGGGUCGGACGUGCAGUUCCUGUGCACGGCCAAGGCGAACCCGCCGGAAAUCACUUACCGGUGGUACGUCAACGAGCAGUUUGUUUCCGGUGAGACCACUCCUGAGCUGUGGAUGCUGAACGUGACCCGCAAGUACCACAACUCGGUGGUCAGAUGCGACACCAGCAACGUCAUCGGCAGAGCCGACGCCACGAAAGUGCUGAACAUCCUUUACAAACCGCAAUUCAAAGUCCGUCCCAGAAACGUGCAGGCCGAAGCCGGAAACACCGUGACGUUGAUGUGUGCUGUGGACAGUAAUCCGGCGCCCGAAAUUGUAUGGACCCACGAAAAAACUAACAAGGUGGUCGGCACGUUGCCCACCCUCUUGGUGUUGGUGUCGGCUUCCACGGCCGGACGUUACUUUUGCCGGGCCACCACGCAGGGAUUCGGCGAAAUAGGCGCAGACAUGAGCGUAGUGCUCAAGAGCCCGCCGGUCAUUAUCACCAAGUCCGUGCAGUACGGCGUGGUCGGCGACACGGUCCGCAUAGAUUGCAUCGCCUAUUCCGUGCCGGUGGCCGACAGAAUCGUUUGGACUUACCAGGGCACCGAGCUGGGAGUGCCCGGCCAGAAGUACUACACGAUCUUGGAGGAGAUGGUCGAAGGCGGAGAAGCCGUCAAGAGCAUCCUGGUCAUCAAGGAUACAAGAAUCGAACAUUUUGGCACGUACAACUGCACGGCGUCCAACGUGUACGGGGUCGACUCGUUCAACAUAACUCUGAAGGCCAAAAGUUUUAUUGCUUUUAACGUAGACAGUUUCCUAAACUCGAGCAAGAUCGUUGUCGCCGGCGGAGCGUUGGUCGUGGUCGUUGCAAUCGUCGCCGCGGUCAUGGUGUGUCGCCGAUUAAACACAACCGUCGCCGCCCCGCCUACCGACAAGAAGACCACCAUCAAAAAUGAAUUUGUCGCUGAACCCGACAAGCAAGUAUACACUAAGGAGUCGGACGAAGCGUCGAACUUGUCUGACAUCAAAAUGGAAAUGGGCACGGCCGGUUCUUCUUUGAGCAGCACCUACCAAUACAAGGCUGACUUUGGCGACGGCGCUGUUGGCACUAGCGUGGUUGCUUCUGGAUCUGACCGCACCGGCACACCAAAGAGCGGCAGCGAAACCGGCGGUCCCCGAGCUGGCAUCCCCUUGGCCGGACCAGUGCCCGUCGAUCCCCGAUACUCUGUGGUCUCCACCGGUCAACUGUACUCGAUGGCAUCUUCCCACGGUGACUACGCCGACCCCAUGUACCGCAUUGCAUCCAGGAGCUCGGACCGACCUGCCAGCAGCAGCAACUACAUUGCUGCAGACCGCCUUUACGAUAUCAGCCCCACGGCAGCUGUCAGUGGACCAUCAUCGAUGCAAGGUAACAUGGGUCUGCCUUCCUUGCAGGAUCCGGUUACCGGUGGACCUUCCAUGAGCGCUGGCAGUCCAGCCACAAUACUCCAGUACUCGGCCACGUACGGUAAUCCUUACCUAAAGUCCAACGCAGCCCAGUGGACGCCGGCGAAUAACCUCUACGACCGACUGGAACCGCCUCCGUACAACGUCAUGCGUUCGGGUGGUCAAUUUCAGCAAAAGCUACUGCAGCAGCAACUCCAGCAGAAGUCAAUGCAAACACAAAUACAGAAACAAGGACCCGCGGGUCGCAGCACCUCUGUCGUCCUGUCCAACGGCAACAAUUACCACAUGGGCACUGCCAAAAGACAAACGCUGGCCACGCACGUCUAAGUACAACAGAUCCGCCAGUGAUCAAAGGCUGAUUCGCAUCAAAGUAGCCGAGUAUAACAUUACGACAUUGUUAUUAACCGUAAAUCAUGCGUUGACAUCAUACCCAUCCACCUUCCUAAAUAAUUUAGACAUUGCUCUUGUUUUCACACCAGCUAAUAGACUGCACUUGGAUAACAUAAAUAGAUCACAGGCCAUGAAGAACUCAAGUUUAUCGGUACUCGGUAUAUCAAUAAUUCAUACCCAACCCAGUUAAAUGUUUAUUUGAUUUUUAAUGCCAAAGACGUGUGGUAUAUAUUUUUAAAUGUAAUGAUGUCGUAUGAAAAUGUGAGUUAAACAAAUUUAGAAUAAUCCGAUUCGUUAGAAUGUCACUCUUGAUGUUCUAAGAACGAUUAUUGAUCUCGUCUGAACUCCAAGACGAUAGGACAACCCUUUAGGCACUUUUACCCGAUCUCUGCACAACGUUUGGACACUUUACCCCUCCCUGGAAAUACCCUGCCUGGGCUCUAAAUAAUAGUAAUAGUAGUAAAUUAACACGACGGAUAGUAUUAUAAUAGUUUAUAGUCAUAAUAUAUAAGCGUAUGGUACUACAUCGUUUGUUAUUGUACAUAAAAAAAUAAAUAAUAAUAGUAACCGAGUUUAUAUCAUUUGGAAUCAUAUUGUAAUAUUGACAUUUUUCGCGUGUGUUUAUCCUUUACUUAUUAUGGUAUAGUAAUAGGUAGUCUGUUUAAUAGUUUAUAUUGUAAAUUUAAUUUUCAUUACCCUUAGUGUCCAAACAUUUAUAUAGAUGUAUAUUAUAUUAUUUUAUGAAAACAAAGGCUUCGCACUUAAUUAGCCUAUACUUACUAUUAUAAUUAUUAAAUAAUUUUACGCGUUACAUUAUUGUACAUAAUCGUUAUGGUAGAUUCUAAGUGUAAAAAAAUGAGCAAGGCUCGGUUUUUCAAAAUUGUUUUGGAAUUGGUUUUCAAUGAUAAUAACACGCUACAUCCGUUGUUACCCAAAUCAGUCGGACGGUGUACGGUUUGUCUAUACUUUCAGAUGGACGUGGCAGCUUUCACAUUGCGAGGAGGGUGUUUUUUUUUUUAAAGAGAGAGUGUGUCUUGACUUGUAAUCUAGGCUGGUUCUGGGUAAUAUUUUGUUGUGUACUCUUUGAUUCGAUAAAGAAGUCCAUUUGAUGUUUGAUCACUUAACUGAUUUUAAACGAUUCGUAACCAUAUAAUAUUGUUUAUACCUUAUAUCAUCAUACAUGUAUAUUUAAAAAAAAAUAUUGUAAUUAUUCGCCAACUGUGCGGCUUGUAUAGAUUGUUUAGACGCCGUUUGUGUGUAAAUUGGCUCAUCAGGGCUGUCGAGGUUAACCGAAAAUGGAACUAGACUAUAAUAUUAUUAUUGGAGGACUCGGUAUCCUAUUAGUAUAAAACUAUUUGUUCGUUAUGAUAUUAUCAGCUUAAUAAUAAUAAUAGUGUUUAGGCUAUAUAAUCUUAAAAUAUAAUAUACACUUAUUGGGCCGUGGGGUUAGGCGUAUAACAAGAUGUGCGAGGGUAAGCUCCCAAGUCGUUCGUUGAUAUCCAAGCAUUCGUCCUCUGCAGAGGGCCGUGGUCGAACCCUGGCUAGAAAAAACUGUACUCCCUGUGUAAGUGACCCUCCCCUAUGCCCCUCCCCCCCAAGGACCAUAAGUACGCUUUUUGGAACCCCGCACGUUUGGAGGGUCGUGCAUAAUGUUUAUAUAUUAUAAGUCCUUCUAGUGUUUUGAAGUCUGUUUGAGAACGCUCUCUAGAUGAAACUAUGUAAAAUAGAUAUAUUAGUUAUUACUAUUUACUGUUUAAAUAUAAUAACGUGUUGUGUUUAUAAAAAAUGUGUAAAAUCUAUGUAUGUUUUUUUUUUUUUGUUAUUCUAUCGUUAUAGAAAUGUAUAAUUUGUUCAAUCGUACCAUAGAAUUAUAAUAUUAUAGCAUAUUGUUUAAAUUAUAUUAUUUUAUACUCUAGUUAUUAUUGUGUAAAAAAAAAUUUCCAUUGACUAUAAUAUGUUAUUAUGAUUAAUUUUUGUAAUUUGUUUUUAUUAUUAGGUUCUUGUUUUUUUCCCCAAACGCGUCUCUAUCGUGUGCAUGUAAUAUUAUUAUCAUACUUAUUAUAAUAUAUAUAUACAUAUAGUCAUAGUCAUAAAAAUUAUAAUACAUUAUAUAUAAAUAUACCUAUUU